AUGGACAUCUACGUCUCCCAACUAAGCAUCCACCUCGACCCGGCACACUGGGGUCCCAACGCAGCCGAAUUCAACCCCUCCCGCUGGAUCGACACGUCCUCCUCGUCAGAUCAAAUCAUCACCCCAGCAAAGGGCACCUACGUGUCCUGGUCCGGCGGCCCACAGAUCUGUCCCGGGGUGAAAAUGUCGCAGGUCGAAUUCGUCGCGACGAUGGCGACGUUGUUCCGGUCCGCGCGGUGCGAGCCGCUGCCAACAGUGGGGAUUGAGGAUGCUGAGAUGCUGAGGGAGAGGCUGAGGCAGUUGGCGUGGGAUUCGGUUAGCAAAUUGACGUUGCAGAUGCGCGAUCCGGGGCGUGUGCAGUUGCGGUGGGUGCCGAUGGAGGACUGA